AUGCAUCAAGGGAAGUUUGCUGAAGUAUUUUGUGACUACAAGCAACUACUAGAACAUUUUGAAGUUACAAACAUAAGACAUAUACCCAAAAACGAAAACCAAGAAGCCAAUGAGUUGGCUCAAAUCGCUUCAGGUUAUAAGAUGUCUAAGUCAAAAUUACAAGAUAUGAUCGAGGUUCGAGAGAAAAUGGUGUCGAGAACACCACUGAUAGAAGAUAUCUUUGACAAGAAUGACAGCCGUGACGAAGAAUGGCAGGAAACCUGUGGAGUCGAGGAGGCCUGGGAACAUGUAUUUUUCGUUGUCAACAGUUCAUCGCCAACAGACUGGAGGAAGCCAAUUAUUGAAUAUUUAGAGAAUCCAGUCGGAGGUACUGACAGGAAAACCAAAUAUAGGGCUUUAAGUUAUGUGUGGUCAAGAAAUGAAUUCCUGAAGAAGACACCCGAAGGGGUACUACUUAAAUGCAUGGGAGAUACUGAAGCGUAUUUAGCCAUAUAUGAGCUGCACAGUGGAUCCUGUGGCGCCCACCAAGCAGGCCAUAAGAUGAAGUGGUUGAUAUUUUGA